GAAGCCAUGUGAGUACUGCCCUUCCUGCCCCUGUCUUGCUCAGCAAGGCCACAACCGGAUCCCCAACUGAAGCUUCCGCCCAUGGUGCAUUCUGUAGCCCCCAGGGACAGCAGUACCAGCCCAUGAGGCUCCCAGUACCUACUGAGUGCCACCCUAAAGGAUGUCCCAGCUCUCCUCCACCCUGAAGCGCUAUACAGAAUCUUCCCGCUACGCAGAUGCCCCUUAUGCCAAAUCGGGCUAUGGCACCUACACCCCCUCUUCCUAUGGGGCCAACCUGGCCGCCUCCUUCCUGGAGAAGGAAAAACUUGGUUUCAAGCCGGUCUCCCCCACCACCUUCCUCCCGCGGCCCCGAACCUACGGCCCCUCCUCCAUCCUGGACUAUGACAGGGGCCGCCCCCUGCUGAGACCUGACGUCAUUGGGGGAAGUAAGCGGUCUGAGAGCCAGACCAGGGGCAAUGAAAGGCCUCCAGGCAUCGGACUCAAUGGAGGCGGUGGAUUCCCAUAUGGAGUGUCCAGCAACUCCCUCAGCUACCUGCCUAUGAAUGCCCGAGACCAGGGGGUGACCCUGAGUCAGAAGAAAUCGAACAGCCAAUCAGAUCUGGCUCGGGAUUUUUCCAGCCUCCGCACCUCAGAUAGCUACCGGACUUCAGAUGGCUACCGGUCCUCAGAUGGCUACCGGAUAGACCCCGGGAACCUGGGCCGCAGCCCCAUGCUGGCCCGCACACGGAAGGAGCUCUGUGCCCUGCAGGGGCUCUACCAAGCAGCCAGCCGCUCUGAGUACCUAACGGACUACCUGGAGAACUGUACUCGCAAGGGUAGUGCACCACAGGUGCUCACGCAAGCCCCUCCCUCCCGAGUCCCUGAAGUCCUCAGUCCCACCUACCGACCAAGUGGCCGCUACACACUGUGGGAGAAGGGCAAGGGCCAGGCCUCUGGGCCCAGCCGCUCCAGUUCCCCAGGGCGAGACACCAUGAAUUCAAAGAGUGCCCAGGGUCUGGCUGGUCUUCGAAACCUUGGGAACACGUGCUUCAUGAACUCAAUUCUUCAGUGCCUGAGCAACACCCGCGAGCUGAGAGAUUACUGCCUUCAAAGGCUGUACAUGCGGGACCUCGGUCACACCAGCAGCUCGCACACAGCCCUCAUGGAAGAGUUUGCGAAACUAAUCCAGACCAUAUGGACAUCAUCCCCCGGUGAUGUGGUGAGCCCAUCUGAGUUCAAGACCCAGAUUCAGAGAUAUGCACCACGCUUCGUUGGCUAUAAUCAGCAGGAUGCUCAGGAGUUCCUUCGCUUCCUCCUGGAUGGGCUCCACAAUGAGGUGAACCGGGUGACAGUGAGGCCCAAACCCAGCCCUGAGAACCUGGAUCACCUCCCUGAUGAUGAGAAGGGUCGACAGAUGUGGAGGAAGUAUCUGGAGAGGGAAGACAGUCGGAUUGGGGAUCUCUUCGUCGGGCAGCUAAAGAGCUCUCUGACAUGCACCGACUGUGGUUAUUGCUCUACGGUCUUCGAUCCCUUCUGGGACCUCUCGCUGCCCAUUGCAAAGAGAGGUUAUCCUGAGGUGACAUUAAUGGAUUGCAUGAGGCUCUUCACCAAAGAGGAUGUGCUGGAUGGGGAUGAGAAGCCAACAUGCUGUCGCUGCCGAGCCAGAAAACGAUGUAUAAAGAAGUUCUCUGUGCAGAGAUUCCCAAAGAUCUUGGUGCUCCACCUGAAGCGCUUCUCAGAAUCCAGGAUACGAACCAGCAAGCUCACAACAUUUGUGAAUUUUCCACUAAGAGACCUGGACUUGAGAGAAUUUGCUUCAGAAAACACCAACCAUGCUGUUUACAACCUUUAUGCUGUGUCCAAUCACUCCGGAACCACCAUGGGAGGCCAUUAUACAGCGUACUGCCGAAGUCCAGUGACGGGCGAAUGGCACACUUUCAAUGACUCCAGUGUCACACCUAUGUCCUCCAGCCAAGUGCGCACCAGCGACGCCUAUUUGCUCUUCUAUGAACUGGCCAGUCCACCCUCCCGUAUGUAGCAUUGAGGAGCUACAGCCCUUCCCUCUUCCCUGUGGCGGCCCCACGUCCUAAGUUUUUUAAAAAUU